AUGUCAGGCACAAACCCCGAGAAGCCUCCCAUCCAGCCGGAGCAGCAGCUCUACCCCCAUCCGACCGGCGACAACAACUACCAACAACAGCAACCGCCUCAGUACGCCUCCGGCGCGACGCAGUACAACCCUGAUCAGAAGAGCGAGCUUCCCGGCGGCCACGCCAGCCAGGCCCAGCACUUCCCCCCUCCGCCGCCUGGCCCGCCUCCUGCGAACCAGCCACAGUUCACACAUGCUCCCCAACCGCAGCAGCAGUCAUACGGUAGCGCCACACCCCAGCAACAAUACAACCAGACGUCGUCGCAGCAGCAGCAGCAGCAGCAGCAGCAGCACUACUCCCAAGCUCCGCUAGGCCAACAUGCUCCCGGCCAGCACGCCGAGGGCGCCGUCCCCGGCUACAACCCCGCGGACCACGGCGCCGGCCACCACUAUGCGCAGUUCGACGCACCCCCGGGCAGUGCGGCACCGGGCCACAUGCAAGGCGGCCCCUAUACGGACCCCGCGGCAGCGCACGCAGCCUACAUUGCCCCCGUCAAUGCUUCGACGGAUCCCCUGAACCCUCAGAAGGAGAAGAAGGGAUGGGGCGAGCGCCUCUCCCAGAUCGGCAUGAAGGCCGCCGUCCCCAUCAACGCGUUGGCCAACAAGAUGGGCUCGCAGAGCUUCCUGCCGACCACUAUGGACAAGGAGUGCGAGAAGGCCGCCAAAAUCCUCAGGAGCUUCUGCAAGGACGGCAUCACAUCCGACGUGCCCCUGCAGACACAAGCUUCCGAGCACCUCGAGCCCGGUAAGCAUGCUGAGGGCCACGGCUCGCGGCCCACGACGCCGAACAAGGAAAAGGUUCGCAAGGAGCAGAAGGCCAUUGUCAAGAUCCCCUCCAAGGUCAUCAACAAGGCCGUCGGCCUGGCCAUCUUCACCACCGCCAGAGCCGGCUUCAACUUCUCCGGCGCUACCGGCUCCGGUGUGCUCAUCUCUCGUCUCCCAGAUGGAUCGUGGAGCCCGCCGUCCGGCAUCCAGGUACACGCCCUAGGCGCUGGAUUCAUGAUCGGAAUCGACAUCUAUGACUGCGUAUGCGUCAUCAACAGCCGCGAGGCUCUCGCUGCCUUCAUGAGCACGCGUGUCUCUUUGGGUCCUGAUGUCGCCGUCGUCGCCGGUCCAUACGGUGCCGGUGGCGUUUUGGACGUCGGCGCCUCUUUCGGUGGAAAGAACCCCGAAGACAAGAGGACGGCCGAACAGGCAGACACGAAGCCUGUUGACGACGGCAAGCUCAAGCCCGACGAGAAGCAGAAGCGCAGAAGCAGCAGCUCCUCCAUCAAGCCUGUCUUUUCCUACGUCAAGUCUCGUGGCUUCUACGCGGGUAUCCAAGUCGACGGCACCGUCGUCACGGAGAGGAAGGACGCCAACGCGGCCUUUUACGGUCAAAAGGUCACUGUCGACCAGAUCGUCAGAGGUCAGGUUCCUCCUCAGGGCCCCGGUGGUAUGUGGCCCACAGGUGCGCAGGCUCUGUACGAGGCUCUUCGCACUGCCGAGCAGCAGAAGCCUCUUCCGGAAGUCCACCUCCCUCAAGCAACCACCGGCCAAGUCCCCCCUCAGGGUUCUAUUCCUCAGCAACAGCAGCAGUACGGCGGUCAGCAGCCCCAAUACGGCGGCGGCAGACCCGAAGGAACCGGCGUUCCGGCCUAUGGCCAACCUCAAUACACCCACUCAGAGGGUGGUCCCCUAGGAUCGCAUCCACCCGGUCAGGGCCCCACUGCCUCUGGAGCUCUGAACCGAGAGGAGCAGCUCCCGGGCUACGUCGAGGACGGCGUGACGCGUCCCGGCGUGGGCGACCACAAGGGUCAUUACCAGUAG